UUGAAAUCUCCCAGAGCCACCGCUGCCGCCGCGGCUGUGGUAGUUGUGCAAGAACUGUCCUUGCUCUUCCUGCAUUUGCCCAGUCAAGGGUGUCUUCGCCUGAGAGGCAGCCCAGCCCUGGUCUCCGAACUGCCUGCUACCGCCUGCUCCCCAGACCUGCCGGAAUCAGAAGGUGCUUAAUGUUCAACAGUAGGUGAAGUGCCCAUUCUCACUCUCCAUGAGCCUUUGUUCUGAUGCAACCGAUGGUCAUGCAGGGAUGCCCUUACACCCUCCCACGAUGUCAUGAGUGGAGGGCAGCUGACCAGUUUCAUCAUAGCAGCAGCCUCCGAAACACCUGCCCCCAGCCUCAGGUUAGAGCUGCUGUUCCCACCCCUGCCCCUCCUCAAGAUGGCACUGGGGUUCCCUGCUUGAGCCCAAAGUUGUUGAACGGGUCUUCUGGUGCUGCUGGACCCCUGGAACCAGCAACCAUGAAUCUGUGUUGGAAUGAAAUCAAGAAGAAGUCUCACAAUCUCCGUGCUCGCUUAGAGGCCUUCUCGGACCACAGUGGAAAGCUCCAGCUCCCUCUCCAAGAGAUUAUUGACUGGCUCAGCCAAAAAGAUGAGGAGUUAUCGGCUCAGCUGCCCCUCCAAGGGGAUGUGACCCUGGUGCAACAGGAGAAGGAAACACAUGCGGCCUUUAUGGAAGAAAUCAAAUCUCGGGGCCCCUAUAUCUACUCUGUGCUGGAGUCAGCCCAAGCCUUCCUGUCCCAGCACCCCUUCGAGGAAUUAGAGGAGCCUCAUUCUGAGAGCAAAGAUACUUCCCCCAGACAGCGGAUCCAAAAUCUUAGUCGUUUUGUGUGGAAGCAGGCAACGGUGGCCAGCGAGCUCUGGGAGAAGUUGACAGCCCGCUGUGUGGACCAGCACCGCCACAUUGAGCGCACUCUGGAGCAGCUGUUGGAGAUACAAGGGGCAAUGGAGGAAUUAAGCACUACUCUGACCCAAGCUGAGGGAGUCCGGGCCACUUGGGAGCCCAUUGGUGAUCUCUUCAUUGAUUCACUCCCAGAGCACAUCCAGGCUAUUAAGCUCUUCAAGGAAGAAUUCUCCCCAAUGAAAGAUGGAGUGAAGCUGGUGAAUGAUCUGGCCCAUCAGCUUGCCAUUUCAGAUGUGCACCUGUCAAUGGAGAAUUCUCGGGCCCUGGAACAGAUCAACAUCAGAUGGAAACAGCUACAGGUGUCAGUUGGCGAGAGGCUUAAGCAGCUCCAGGAUGCCCAUCGGGACUUUGGACCUGGAUCACAGCACUUCCUCUCCUCCUCUGUCCAAGUUCCCUGGGAAAGAGCAAUUUCACCCAAUAAAGUUCCCUACUAUAUCAACCACCAGGCUCAGACCACAUGCUGGGACCAUCCCAAGAUGACAGAAUUAUACCAAACUCUAGCUGAUUUGAACAACAUUAAGUUCUCAGCUUAUCGCACUGCCAUGAAGCUCCGCAGAGUACAGAAGGCCCUGCGCUUGGACCUAGUAACUUUAAGUACAGCCCUGGAAAUCUUCAAUGAACAUGACUUGCAGGCUAGCGAGCAUGUGAUGGAUGUGGUGGAGGUCAUUCACUGCCUGACUGCCUUAUAUGAACGGCUGGAAGAAGAAAGAGGGAUUCUGGUCAAUGUGCCACUGUGUGUGGACAUGAGUCUCAACUGGCUCCUCAAUGUUUUUGAUAGUGGUCGCAGUGGGAAGAUGCGGGCACUGUCCUUUAAGACCGGCAUUGCAUGUCUGUGUGGCACAGAAGUCAAGGAAAAACUUCAGUACCUCUUCAGCCAAGUGGCCAACUCAGGCAGCCAGUGUGACCAGCGCCACCUCGGUGUCCUGCUUCAUGAGGCCAUUCAGGUGCCUCGUCAGCUGGGUGAAGUGGCAGCUUUUGGAGGCAGCAAUGUGGAGCCCAGUGUCCGCAGUUGCUUCCGUUUUAGCACUGGGAAGCCAGUCAUUGAAGCUUCCCAGUUCCUGGAGUGGGUCAACUUAGAGCCCCAGUCCAUGGUGUGGCUGGCUGUUCUGCAUCGGGUCACCAUUGCUGAGCAAGUGAAGCAUCAGACCAAGUGCUCUAUCUGUAGGCAGUGUCCCAUCAAGGGGUUCAGGUACCGGAGUCUGAAGCAAUUUAAUGUGGACAUCUGCCAGACCUGCUUCUUGACAGGCAGGGCCAGCAAAGGCCAUAAACUGCACUACCCCAUCAUGGAGUAUUACACGCCGACCACAUCCAGUGAGAACAUGAGGGACUUUGCCACAACCUUAAAGAACAAAUUCCGCUCAAAGCAUUAUUUCAGCAAACACCCUCAGCGAGGUUAUCUGCCUGUGCAAUCAGUACUGGAGGCUGACUACAGUGAGACCCCAGCUUCUUCUCCGAUGUUGCCGCAUGCUGACACGCACUCUCGCAUUGAACAUUUUGCCAGCAGGCUGGCUGAGAUGGAAAGUCAGAACUGCUCCUUCUUUAAUGAUAGCCUGUCCCCGGAUGACAGCAUAGAUGAAGACCAAUACCUGCUGAGGCACUCCAGCCCCAUCACAGACCGGGAGCCAGCCUUUGGACCACAGGCUCCAUGCAGCAUGGCCACAGAAAGCAAGGGGGAGCUGGAGAAGAUCCUGGCCCACUUAGAAGAUGAGAAUCGGAUUCUCCAGGGAGAGCUGAGGCGCCUGAAGUGGCAGCACGAGGAAGCAGCUGAGGCCCCCACGCUGACUGAGUCGGCUGUGGAUGCCGCGAAGGACCGCAAUGAGGAGCUUCUGGCUGAGGCCAGGAUCCUUCGGCAGCACAAGAGCCGCCUUGAGACACGCAUGCAGAUCCUCGAAGACCACAACAAGCAGCUGGAGUCGCAGCUGCAGCGUUUGAGGGAGCUGCUGCUACAGCCCCCCACUGAAUCGGAUGGUAAUGGCUCUGCAGGCUCGUCUCUAGCUUCCUCUCCGCAACAGUCAGAAGGCAGUCACCCUCAGGAGAAAGGACAGACUACUCCUGACACUGAGGCUGCAGAUGACGUGGGGUCAAAGAGCCAGAAUGUCAGCCUGUGCCUGGAAGACAUCAUGGAGAAACUCCGUCACACCUUCCCCAGUGUUAGAAGCUCUGAUGUGACUGCCAACACCCUGCUUGCCUCUUGAUGGAACACGAUCCCCAUUCUGUUAUCCACAGUACUCUUCAAAUUCCAGUCAAAACAUUCCCUCCAUCUUCACCCAACUUUUCUAACCCCUACUGGCCCCAUAUUCCUCAAGCAGAGUUAUUUGGGCUUCGGGCAGCAGCAGGGAUCUGGUGGAAUGUGAAGUGGGUGUGUGGAUGUACAGGGCCGUGGGCAGGGGGAGGCAUGAUUCCUCUGACUCUGAAAAUGUGCCCUUUGAGCCUCAAGCUUAAGACCAGUCCCUUAAGUACCCGUCGGUUGCAGCCCAGGCAGAAGGCACUUGGCCGCUCCAGUUGGAAGCAGAGAGAAGCUGCCUUGUAUCAUUAGGCAACGUGCAUGGAAUUAUGGACAGGGAGAAGCCUGAUGACCCCAGGUUUCCAGCAUUAUUAAUCCCUGGGUGUUAGCCCUAGUCUCCAACCCAGUUAAAGGAGGCAAAGGGAUAUCCCUGAGACAUGCCCUCCCCGAAGUGCCCCUGAAGAAGUCU